CUUAUCAAAAUUCCAGUGGCAUUUUUCACAGCUCUAAUAGAAAAAACAAUCCCAAAAUUUGUACAGAACCACAAAAGACCCCCAAAUAGCCAAAGCAAUCUUGAGAAAGAACAAAGCUGCAGGCAUCAAACUUCCUGACUUAAAACUGUAUUACAGGCUGCUGGGGCGACAGACUGGCUUCUUUAUGUGGGCUGCAGCGGCAGACAAAAUGCGGGUGGCCAAGGGCGUGCAUAGAGCCGCCAGCUGGGCUGGGCCAGACACCAAAGCAGCGUGGUCAUUGUGCUGUGAAAAAGACACCGUAAGCCGUCUUCGCGACAGCAGGUGCGGCCACGUUAGCCCCAAGUGGGCUCAGCGACUGCUUGGCCAGUCUAGGCUCGCGCCCAGCCCUUCCUGGACCCAACGUCAAGCAGUGACUCCGAGCAGACAACCGACCGGAGCUGCGGACAAUGGCAUGGCGGCCUCGCAGGCCUCACUCAGGCCCACAAAGGGGAUCCUGAAGAACAAGGGCUCCACGACUUCCUCUGUGGUGGCCUCGAACGAACUGCAGCCCGAACUCCUGCCCAGCAGGAGUGGGGACAAACGGAGGAAAAAGUCCCAGAGGUGGGAUGAAAUGAGCAUCCUGGCGACAUACCAUCCAGCAGACAAAGACUAUGGCUUAAAGGAAACAGAUGAAGCAAGCGCCCCAUACCAUGCAACGCGUGAUUCAGAAGCCACUCAAGCACUGACCCCGGAUACAUUAGCUAACAAAUCGGCCGCUGCUGAGGGCUCGCAGCCAAAAUAUCGGGUUCAUGAACAGGGAAGAAGUGAUGAAGACUGUGCCUUCUCACCUCAGGAACAAGGUAAAAAGUCUUUAUUGACUAUGGAAAAAAAGUGACAGUUUGAAAUGAAAAGGAAGCUUCACUGCAGUGAAGGACUGAAUAUUAAAUUAGGUAGGCAAUUAAGUUCAAAAAACCUAGAUAAUGAUGAGGAAGAUGAAGAAAUGUCAGAGACGGCAGCUGGAGAAAGUAUGGAUAUGAAAGAAUCAAAUCAAGGAUCUACUAGAGGUGACCAAGUGCAAACCAAAUCACAGAGUUCAUAG